UCUACGUGAUUUUCUUGAUCUGUUAAUUCUUAAAUCUGAUGUUUUUAAGUAUAAUUGUUAAAGAUACAUAUGAAUUAGCUUAAUGAAUUUGCAUAAAUCACACUUUAUCAUUAUUUUUCAAAUGAAAGUGGAUUCAUGAGGGAACUGAACCCUUCGAUGUCGAUAAUGAUAAAGACAGGUUCUUACUAUUUUUUUGUUUUUUGUUUUGUUUUGUUUUGUUUUUGUUUUUUUUUUUUUUUUUUUUUCCCUCUUCUUUUCUUACUUCUUGGCAGUACAAAAUAGAUUGGUUCUAACAGAUGAUCAGUAAUAUGUUUAUUUAUUUAUUUUACAUUAGGCGGUAUUACAAGAAACUAGGCGACCAUAACUAUGAGUAUUACAUGAAACUAGGCGACCAUAACUAUGAGUAUCACUGGCCGGUCAUGACUCAGAGUAACUCCAAUUACUACUACUUCUCAUUCGGUCUCAUCGAGUUGGUUCGACUGAUUCCAGUUUAGUUUAUUUAGCUUGGAAAAUAUCCCUAUGACAGUACGUAGUUAUUUAGGUAGAUACCGUAGAUGUUCCAUUAACAUUUAAACAAACUGACCUAUAUAACCACUUCUAAUUGUUCUGAUUUCUUGUCAUCUGCUGCAACAAUGGAAUGCUACCUUCCAUACAAGCUCCUCGCUCUUUUCCUUCUCCUUUCAACUGCUUUGUCAGCUUCAAUGGUGGAUGAUCGUGCGACCUACAUCAUCCACAUGGACAAAUCAACUAUGCCCACUCCCUUCUCAGAUCAUGAUAAUUGGUACACGUCGAUGCUUUCAUCUCUGUCAACGUCUGAUUAUGGCGUUUCACCAACCCAUCUCUACACCUACAACCAUGUGUUGGACGGAUUCAGUGCAGUGCUAUCUCUGUGUUUGCUUGACAAGCGUGUUCUUUAUGUGAGUGAAAUGUUGGUAUAAUUGAUGCUAUCAGAUUGAAGAUUAUCAAUCGAGUGAAUGGUAAUCAACCACCAACUUACACAGGCACACACACAUGUAAAUCUACUUGAUAUGACCCUAGUUCAUUUAGUUAAUCUAUUUUUAUGAUGUUGAGUAACUUGGUGGAAGCUCGCCCGCACAUGUGAUCAAAAGGUGGAUGAUCGACCACCCACCCAAUUGAACUUCUCUUCAUAUUUUCCUUGUGUGUCUUGAGAGUGGUAACAGUAUUCCAGCCAGUGUAUGUGUGUGUGGGCUACAUAUGUUUAUGAUUCCAUAGUUGUCUUCUGUUUAAGUCAUUUUAGGGAGAAUCGAUGUACUUUGUGGCUGUAAUUGACUUAGUGAAUGUGUCACCUACACUAGUGGUUGGGAAGAAAUGCUAAUUAACGGGAAGUGGGAGGGAGUGUUGAGAUAAAAUUUAGAAUUAGUAUUUGUAAUUAUUUUACAUAAAGUGUUUGCCCUUAUAUUCGAAUUUGUUCUUUUGUGUUUGUCAAUUUAAUUUAUUACCGUUGUCCCAAGAUAUAUGAUAAUGUAAAGAGUUCCGGAAAAUACCAAAAAUUUACUUAUGAUACAUUUAAUGAGGCUUCAAAUAGGUCUUAUGGUGGCGCUUAAUCAGACAAGGUUUUUAUGGUGCUUUGGCGCGUAAAAUAAAAUCAUCCCACUAGUGAGCUCCACCCCUUUGAUAACAUGGAUUCUUAUUUCUCAAUAAUAUCCGGUGAAAUUAUGGUUGCUCAUGGUUAGUCCUGCUUCGCGUGAGCUGUUUGGUUAUUUUUAUUCCUCAUCAGAUCAUCUCUCCACUUGUGUUGGUGGUAAAUUCAUUCUUCCUUGAUCUAUGUGAUUUUCUUGGUCAUUUUUAAAUAUGAUGUUUCUAAGAGUAACUGUUAAAGAUACAUGGAGGUGAAUGAAGUUUGCAGAAAUUACACCUUACUAAUAUAUUUCAAAUGGAAGUCAAUUCAUGAGGGCAUAUGCUGUUGGAGGAGGACUGGACCCUUUGAUGUCAAGAAUGA